GCAACGGAGGUGUCAGAUCCUUCGAAGUUUGGAGUUUUAGUUCACAACUCCGAGGGUCGCGUUCUAAGCUUUGCCGAGAAGCCCAAGACUUUUGUGGGCAGCUGGAUAAACGCAGGUGUCUACAUUCUUAACAAGAGCUGCAUUUCGAGGAUACCGCUGGCCUACUGCUCUCUCGAGAAAGAAGUCUUCCCCAGGAUGGCUGCGGAAGGCAAGCUGUUUUGCUGGAAGUUGAGUGGAUACUGGGCAGACAUUGGCCAGCCGAAAGACUUCCUCAGAGGCAUGUCGCUCUUCCUAGAAGAUCUUAGGGUGAAUCGUGAGACUCGUGAGCGCAAGGAAACUCCCGCCUCCGGCUCUCUGCCCGAAGAAAAUCUCUCGAAAGAUGACUCUCUGGAAGACUGCGCAGAAUGCCCCGGAUUAAUUUGCAUGCCAUCGCAAGAACUCGCCUUAGUUGACGGCCCUCAAUUCGUCGGGAACGUCCUCGUGGAUCCCUCAGCGGUGAUUGGAGAGGGCAGCAUCUUAGGCCCAAACGUAACAGUGGACAAAGACGUGAUCAUUGGAAGGGGCUGUCGACUGAAAAACUGCGCGCUGAUGCGCGGCGUGCACAUAUCUGACUUCUCGUGGAUCGAUUCUUCUAUUGUCGGCUGGCAGUCCUCUGUCGGAAAAUGGGUGCGCGUGGAAGGCCUUACAGUCGUUGGGGAGAACGUGCAUCUCCUCGACGAAUGCUUCAUCAACGGCGCCUUCAUUCUGCCUCACAAGACUAUAACCGAGUCAAUUUCCGAGUCUGGGGCGAUCAUUAUGUGA